CGACAACCUUCACUUCCAGUGUCUAUCUAUCUAUGCUUUUUCCAACCUCACUUCUCCCCUCCUCUCUCUAACCAUCGUCACUCAUUGCUCAUUUCGAGGCCAUCGUACUCACUCCUUCGUGCGACCCUCUCACAUUCCCUCAAUUCAAUUGAAUUCGCGUUAUACCCCUGUUUUUACUUCCCUUCUAUAACCACCACAAUGCACCUCUCGACCCUCCUCCUCGCAACAGCACCCGCCCUCGUGUCUGCUCGCGGCAGUCUAGGCUUCGCCCUCGGCGACAAGAAAGCAGACGGCACCUGCAAAUUCCAAGCCGACUACACCGCUGAUUUCGCAACCUUGGGCGGGACCAGCAAACUCGUCCGCGGAUACGCUGCCAGCGAUUGCAACACAGCGCAGGAGAUCCUUCCUGCUGCAAAGGCUGCUGGUUUCCAGGUUAUUCUUGGGAUUUGGCCAGACACCGACGAAAGCUACAACGAGGACCUCGCUGCCGUAGUAAAAUACGCGCCCCAAUACGCCGACCAAGUCUACGCCAUCACCGUGGGCUCCGAGACCAUGUACCGGGGCAACUUCACCGGCUCGCAACUCCUCGACAAAAUCAACGACGUGAAGACCGCUUUGGGCGGAAACUUCAAAGUCGGCACUGCGGACAGCUGGAACAAAUACCAAGAUGGCACGGCGGAUCCGUUGAUCAAGGGCGGAGCGGAUAUCUUGCUCUGCAACGCGUUUUCGUAUUGGCAGGGCCAGACGAUUGCUAAUUCGACGGGCAGCUUCUUUGAUGAUGUUAUGCAGGCUUUUGGGCAUAUUCAGGAGGUGGCUGGGUCUACGACUACAGGGCCGGAACUUUGGGUUGGUGAAGUUGGAUGGCCGACUGCUGGUUCGACGUAUCAGAAUGCUGUUCCUGGUACCUCCAAUGCGCAGACGUUUUGGCAGAAGGGCAUUUGUGGUAUCCUUGAUUGGGGCGUGAAUGUCUUCUCCUUUGAAGCUUUUGAUGAGCCGUGGAAGCCGGUUAGUACGGGACAAGAUGGAAGCGUGGCUGAUGAGACGCAUUGGGGGGUUUGGAAUGCGGAUCGAAGCUCCAAGUACUCUGUUUCGUGCUAGAGAGAAGAUCACGGGUAGACAGAAAUGUCGUUGUUCUGAUUGAGGGAUUCGUAUUUUGGACCUAGUAUCAUUUCUGGGCUUGGUCUAUGGUGAAUUAUAGAUGGGAGAUUUGUUUCGGAGGCAUAAUCGCAAUAUACCACUUGAGAGACUCAAUUACUAUUUACGGGUCAUGAGCACCUCGCUCUCUUUCAAUUCACUGUCAUAUUCCUUUCGUUCAUCGCUCUAAACAAAUGAAGCAAUCUGCACAUAUCUCC